UUUAAAGGGACCUGCCAGACCUGUUGUUUUCUGGGCUGAGCCCUGCCUGUCCCGGGGCCGCCCUCGGCUCCGCCGGUGGCUCUCACCUGGUGGGAACGGCCCCCGCGCGGCCUGCGAGCCUUGUCCCUGCUGGCGGCAGUGCUUUGGACCCACAUCAUUGAAUAAUCUUUACAAUCUCAAACAGGUUUGGAGCUGCGCCCUGGUGCUGUAGUUCUGUGGCAGCCGGUGCUGGAUGCUGCCCCCUCAGCCUGCGGCUGCGUGGGGAGAGGAGGGGUCCCUUGGCUGGGCUGGAGGCUGCUGCCCCACUGGGUGGGCAGAGGAGAAGUCCCAGUGUCCUGAACUGAGCCAGAACUUCAAGGGUGUCAACGUUUGUCGUCAAGGCUGAGUAACGUACCUGAGCACAACAACCUAGCUGUCAUGCUCUCUUCUUUUCACUUUGAAUUUUAAUUUGUCACUAGUGGAAGGUGGUAGGGUGAGAACCAUGGAGACACCUGUUUAACGCUUUUACAAGGCAAGCCAGGAGGGUGAUGGUUCCCCAGCGAACCCUUGUACUAUUGUGUGCUUGCUCCCGAAGGUGAGACUGUUUGUCGGCCGUGUGCUGUGGAAACCCCCUUCUCCCCAGCCUGCACCCAGCCAGAUUCAUGGUGUAGCUUACAGCUUUUUAAAAUAAAGAUUGCAUGAACUUCGCAAUGUAGAGCGGACAGUGAACUGGAGGCCUUUCUGCUGACACCAGUGGACACUGAACUCAUUUGGCACCCAGGGCUCCUGAUCAGACUGAGUGUGGUGUUAGUUAUGCAAUACAGCGGGAAGAAUUCCUCUUUCAAGAUCGAAUGUCUGCAGGGAGACCAGGGAGGAGGAGGACCACUUUUUUCCCGAUUUGGAAUACUGCUCUCCUCCUACUGCAGGCUACAGCUGGGAGGAAAAGAUGUUCGGCUUUCACAAACCGAAGAUGUAUCGGAGUAUAGAGGGCUGCUGUAUUUGCAGAGCUAAGUCUUCCAGUUCUCGUUUCACUGACAGCAAACGUUACGAAAAGGAUUUCCAGAACUGUUUCGGGCUCCAUGAGGCCCGCUCAGGAGAUAUUUGCAAUGCCUGUGUCCUGUUGGUGAAAAGAUGGAAAAAAUUGCCAGCAGGAUCCAAAAAAAACUGGAAUCAUGUGGUAGAUGCCCGGGCUGGACCCAGUCUUAAAACAACACUGAAACCAAAGAAAAUGAAAACUCUGUCUGGAAGCAGAAUAAAGAGCAAUCAAAUCAGCAAACUGCAAAAGGAAUUCAAACGGCACAAUUCUGAUGCCCACAGCACCACUUCGAGUGCCUCCCCAGCUCAGUCGCCCUGUUACAGUAACCAGUCUGAUGAUGGCUCUGACACAGAGAUGAGUGCUGGGUCCAGCAGAACACCAGUUUUCUCCUUUUUAGAUCUCACAUAUUGGAAAAGGCAAAAGGUCUGCUGUGGAAUUAUUUACAAAGGGCGUUUUGGGGAAGUCCUCAUAGACACUCAUCUCUUCAAACCUUGCUGUAGCAAUAAAAAGUCUGCCGCUGAAAAGCCAGAACAAGAAGGAUCACAGUCUCCAGCAAUCUCCACCCAAGAGGAGUGGUGACUUCCUCGGACAGCUGAAGAAGGUUAUACAGAUCCUCUUAUUCUCUGGAAAAAUACUAGAAAAGUGACUGUUCACUUUGGACACCUGCUAUGCUGCCAAAAGACUAUUCCCUAGAACUGUUUUGGGUUUUACUGCUACAAUUCCACAAACUCUGAAGCCAGUUUGUAUCCUUUCAGAAAGACUGUACAUAAUAUUUAAGAUGCUAUGGAACACUUAGCAAAGCUGAAUGCUGCUGCAAGGUUGUCUAAUCUCCCCCCACCCCACUUGCUUCACAAGUGACCAUGAGGCUGGGGGUUUGUAUAUGAAAGUAUAUGUAGUUCAUGUUUCUGUAUUGAAAGAAGCAGUGGUUGUAAGGCAUUUUUUUUUUUUUAAAGUUGGUUGGUAACUUCCUUUAAGUCCCCAAGAAAAUAUUUCGUUCUUAGACAUGUAUGAGUCAAUAAGAUGAACUAAUACAUAGAAAAGUUUUAAGUCACCUCUCUAGUUAUAUAAAUAUAUAUUUUUUAAAGGUGUGGAGAUCUCACCCUAUACUACUGACAUAACAAAGACAGAUAUUUCAUCCCUCCUAUGUGACACAGACUGGUAGACUGCAGACAGCUCUACUACAAGUGCUAGUUAUCCAAGAAGCCCCCCAACAUAAAGUGCUUUUCAGAAGGGGUGGGAGAGCUCUCCUCCUUAGCUAAGGAGGAAGAUUUACCUAAGAAUUGAACAUAGCAAAAUGGGAAGCUACUUUUGUUUUAACCCAGCAGCAGAUACCCUGGGCUUCAUGUAGUAAUUGACUGGUGAUCAGAGAUGGACCAAGAAAACAUCUUGAUACCCAAGUUAGGUGUAGAUGAUGGCCAGAACUUGGGUAACUGCUACCUGUUGGCCCAGUGCAGCUGAAAUGUGACCACAGACCAGACUUUAUGCUGGUUUUGGACCUGACAUAGAUCCAAACCCCUUGCUAAGAAAUCAGGCUCUGGUCCAGGGACAUAAUCUGAUUGCAGCCUGGGGUCUGGAUUCACAAUUGCCAUUUUGAAACCCUUCCCCUGCAGUGCUUCUCUGUGUUCGGGUUUUGUGUUUUUUGUUUGUUUAAAUGACCACCAGAUCAAUGCUUUUGUGAAUACUGAAUAUGAAAAAUUCUAUUAAGAAUGGUGCUGUACGGAAUUGAGGCAGCUCUGUUUGCAUACGUGAUCAAAAGGUAGCAUUUUGGAUUCCUAGACAAACUCGUGUGCAAACCAUUGUGACACUCCUUCAAACUCCACUUUGCCUAUAGGGUGGAGGCAGCUUCCUGGAAGAGUGUGCUGCAGUUCUAGCUCCCAAUUGCUUCACGUUCCUGUUAUGAAGGUUUAACUUGUCUAAGUUGGGAAUUCUGCUUUUUUUUGUGUGUUUGUUUCUGGUUUUGGGGGUGGGGAGGAUUUUUCUUACUGAUACUCUUAUGGGAUAUUCUACAAUGGAUUGCUACAAGCUUUCCUUUUUGUGAGAGUUGGCAUAAUACUGUGGUGGGUAGGGGUUAGGACUGGAUUUCUAUGUAGUCUCGCUUCCUGAAAUGGGAAUGCUUAGCAAAUGAAAAUAUAGGUGGGAAAAGAUAUGCAGGUUUUAAGAGGAGCCUCUACCCUGAACGCUUUUUAUUUUCUUUGCCUUUCCUCCCCCCUCUCCUUCCAUUGGGUAAGCCAACCUCUGGAGAGAAAGAACAUCAGGGGAAACAGGGCUUUGACUUAUCACAGCCUUACAGCUUUCAUUGGUCUUAUUUUGCUUUUCCUAAACUCUCUGAGAUUCUGAAGACAAAGCUGCCUACCUUGUUUUCAUCUGCAACCAAACAGAAUCUUAAAAUAAUUUAGGUUGGAAAAGACCUUUUAAGAUCAUAGAGUCCAAUCGUAGAUAUAAUGGCUACUUGCUUGUAUACCAGCUUAAUUAGGUUGGUCGUGUCUAAUAAGGGCUUGAGCAAGAGUCCUAGCUGUUUUUGCAGACACCUGCUUUCAUUUGAAUUUUUGUUUUCAGCAUCAUUAAUUCUGUAUAAGGCUGCAGUAUUGGUGGUAGGAUGUGCUCUGAUACGGAUCAUCUCUUCUGUAUUUAUUUAUUUAUUGCUAGGUUUCAACCGCCAACUGCUUCCUCUACUCCAUCCCACCUCUUCCAUUCCCAGUAGUAAUGCAAAAUGAACUGUAUGUAGUCAUGCACUUUGUAUUAAUGUAUUAGAAAUCUAUGGAACCUGUUUUGUACUUUUAUACUGUUCAGACACUUGUAAUCCAAACUUUUUUUUUACUAGGGUAAUGAAUAAAUUUAGACUUAUUUAGAAAAUAAACAACUUCUCCUGUA